CUUCAACCUUUUAACAAUUGAUUGGCAUUUAAUAAAAUUAAAUCCCAAACCAAUCCCAAAACCUAUCAACUUCUCAGGACAUUUUGUCCUGGACGUGUGUUUUUCGCUCCACCAUUCGCUUUGGCCAUUGCUUGAUAUGACCUAAAAUGCGCGGACGCGGGGGCGCCCGAGGAAGCAGAACACCUUCUGCACCAUGGAGUCGUCUUAAACCGGUAGAUUUGGACCCGUUAGAGUCGAUAGGCUUGCCGUCCAAAGGUGAUAGUAGAUUGCUCGAUUUUAAGACUCAAGAACGUUACUAUACCAAGAUUGUCGAACGCUACAUGACUUUUUGCUCUGAUGCCGGCGAACGUGAUGAGCUCCUCCGCCGCUUCGCAUCACUAGAGCUAUCGUCUAACUCUAAGCACGAGAGCCCUGUCGCGAAACCUGUCCCUAGUUCCUCCUCCUCUCUAGUUUCGAAUCGGCUUUCAAUGGCACCAGCUACUAUACCGACUAAUACGAAAGGCUUAUCCGAUGUCUUAUCAGCGUUGAGAAAGUUACGAGAGGGCAUUGUAGCCUCUAAGCGUGUCGACGACUUUGCUAUUCAAGUCUACCUCUUUUGUAUUCGACUUUCCGUUUUGGUCAGGCAUCCCGAGUCAUAUCAUCCAGCCAUCCUUCACCUACUGCGCCGAAUCCAGCCGCUGCAUAGUAUGACGUCGGUCGAGAUGAGCGAAGUGGUCGGUUAUCUUGUCCUCGACACGGCGUGUAGGAGAAACGACUUAGCCGAGGCGUUCGCCGUGCGACACAAGUAUCGGCUGAGGGACGCAAAGGUUGACAUGGUUCUCGAUGCGCUAGCACACGACAAUUAUAUAGAAUUUAAUCGCCUGAAGAAAAGGGUUGAUGGACACAAGGUAAAGCUACUCGAAUACGCUGACCAAGGCAUGCGGAAACACCUACUCAAGUGCUUCGGGAGGGCGUAUUUGAGCGUGGACCUGGAAUUUUUGGAGUCAUGCGCAGACUCUAAAUGGGGAAGCCUCACGGCAGAAGACGGCGUCGGUUGGGAACUAGAUGGUGGGAAGGUUGUCAUCAGGAAGGUCAAGGCUCGGUAAGUCUAGCAGUAAAUAUUUAUUGAUACCCUUAAGGCGAUAUGACCAUGUUCCAUCAUCCUCGUGAUACUACAAACUUCGACUUGUAAAUUAUGGGACUGGAGCCUAGUGCCAAGAACGCCAAGAUCUUCAGGUUUGUAUUGUGAAGCGAUCCUCUGUACGUAGGGGUUGUUGGAGUUGUUGGU